AGCACGAAAGAAACAAGAAAGAUGGCGGCGGCAAUGGAAUAGCGCUUGUUUGAUUCAGCCUUGGCAUCAAUUUUGGAAGAAUUAGACUUGGGGUUUUCGUUAAAACGUGAGCAAGAGGAGGCUCUACGUUCAUUCAUUUUUAAGAAGGACGUUUUCGCCGUGUUAAAGACAGGCUAUGGCAAAAGUCUUAUCUACCAGUUAGCUCCACUGGUAGCCAAAAUGAUGGGGCUCUGAAAACCUGAUGGUAGUAGUCGUCUCGCCCUUGUUAGCCCUAAUGGAAGACCAGGUGAAGGAGGCGAGCAAUUUUGGACUCACUGCCAUGCAACUGGGCGUCGAUAAUCCAGCAAACAUCAGAAGGGGUCAGUGCCAGUUGGUGUUCGGCAGUCCGGAGGCAUGGGUUUUGCAGAACAAGUGGCGCGACAUGUUGGGGACCAAAGUCUUCCAGGACAACGUCCUCUGCGUUGUGGUGGACGAGGUUCACCUUAUUUACAAAUGGGGGAAACGUGGCAAAGGGGAGAAGGUCUUCAGGGAGUGUUUUGGCAAGCUAGGAGAACACAUCUGACAGACAAAAAUGUUUCAUCAAAGACACACAGACAGGUAAGCUAGUUCUAUCAUCUGUGGAAAGAUGUCUU